CUUUACAUGCCAAAUGCUAAUUAAACUAAGUGUUACAAAGUAGUUAUUUUUUUAAAAAAUAAUAUUUAUCAAGAAAAUAGAGAUAGCUAUGGAAGAAGAAAUAUUUGAGCCAGCAAGUCCAAGUUCACAAUAUUUAAAUAGCUCCAAUUUAUCACUCUCAGUAAUUGCUGUAUUGGAAUCAAAAAUUCCAAUUGAAUAUGAAGAUUCACUUCCAAUAAAUUUACUCAAAGAUGUAUUUGUGCCUAUAAAUCCAAGAUUUUCCUCAAUUAUGGUAACGGGCAAAAAAGGAACAAAAAAAUGGAAGCGAGUAGAAGUGAACUAUCAAGACCAUAUUAAAACACCAAUAUUUCCAACUCAAAAACCAAUCGAGUUCUACGACGAAUGCUUCUCCACUUAUAUAUCAAACUUAGCAACGGAAAAAUUCUCGCAAAAUCGACCACUAUGGGAAAUUCACGUAUUUAAAUAUCCAACGAGCGAUGCAGCGGGAAAUAUAGUUUUCAAACUUCAUCAUUCACUAGGAGAUGGUUAUUCAUUAAUGGGUGCACUUCUUUCAUGUUUACAACGGGUCGAUAAUCCUUCACUUCCUCUAACAUUUCCUUCCCGCCAAAAAUCGAAUUUAAAUAAUUCGAACAAAAACAAAGGGUAUAUUAGUAAUUUUAAAAUCGUACCACGAUUUUUUAAAGGGAUUGUGAAUACAUUGUAUGAUUUUGGAUGGAGUACUUUGAAGAGCACUUUGAUUGAAGAUGAUCGGACGGCGAUUCAUUCCGGCGAUGACGGAGUUGAGUUCCGAUCGCCUGUCUUGGUUACUAAGACAUUUUCGCUCGAUAGACUCAAGCAAAUUAAGGCCAAUUUAAACGUGACAAUAAAUGAUGUAAUAACAGGGAUAGUGAUAUAUGGAACAAGAUUAUAUAUGGAAGAAGUAAAUAAAGAAACAUGCAAUGGAAAAUGUAGUGCAUUGGUUUUAUUCAACACAAGGGCACUUGGUGGAAGUUAUAAAUCAGUUAGUGAUAUGAUAAGACCUAAUUCUGAUAUGCCAUGGGGAAAUCAUUUCACAUUUUUGCCUAUAUCAUUACCAAAAUUAACUAAUAAUAAAAGUAAUAAUCCUCUUUAUUUUAUUCAAAAAGCUCAUAGAAUUAUUGAAAGGAAAAGGAACUCUGCAUCUAUUUGGCUUACUGGUAAAUUGCUUGAUUUAUUGAGGAAGCUAAGAGGUACUGAGGCGACAGCUCGAUUUAUUCACGGGACAUUGAAGAACACAAGCAUGGCAUUAACAAAUAUGAUAGGGCCAGUGGAAGAGAUGGCUUUGGCUAAUCAUCCUGUUAAAGGAUUAUAUUUUGUUGUCACUGGUGCUCCACAGAGUUGCUCAGUGACAAUAGUGAGUUAUGUGGAUAAGCUAAGAAUUGCAAUAGUUGUGGAGAAAGAUUUUAUUGAUCCAAAUAAGCUGAAAUCUUGUAUUGAGUAUGCAUAUGAAUCCAUUUUCAAGGCUGCAAUCAACUCUUCUAAAGUCGAAAACUAGGACCAAAUUCACACAAAAAAGGUCUAUCGGGAACAUAUUCUGUGUAUAUUCUACCCUUUCAAGACUUGACUUUUGCGGGAUUACAUUGAAUAUGUUAUUGUUGUUUAUUCACAAAAGGAAUGUAUACACUUUAUCAAAUUGUUGACAAUGUAAUUGGGCCUGACUAAUGGGCUACUACAAAUAAGAUACUUAACAAGUAGUUCAAUUUCUUGAAAACACAAUUCAUUUUUCUAGUUUUCCCUU